UUGGUGGGUUCCACUUUUGGUCUGCCAUUUUAUGUGAUACAAAACACAUGCUAACCAGUAGUACUGUGGGGUCCCACAAACAAAGUUCACAUCAUCAUCAUCAUUGCUCAUCAUACCUACAUAGCCUUAUUAACAUGCUUUACUGUGGUGGAUGUGAAUCAUAACUACAUAAUAUUUUCAGGGCAAAAAUGAGUGGUGCUAGUACUGUAAUUAACACUUCACUGCCCUGCCUUAUCUCUCACAAUCAUUUCUGCCGUGUAGAGUAGUUAAUAAAUGAAAUUUAAAGUUGUCUUUGAUCCAGGGAUUUCAUAAUCAUGUCAAUAGUAAUUACAAGCAGAUCGAAGAUCAUGAAAUGGAAUUUAACAUGCAUGAAGGAGAAGAUCAUAUAAUAUCAAUGGAGAUGGAGUCUUGUGUGCCACCAGGCUUUAGAUUUCACCCUACAGAAGAGGAACUCGUGGGUUACUACCUCAGAAGAAAGAUUAACUCCCUGAGAAUUGAUCUAGAUGUUAUUGUUGAAAUUGAUCUCUACAAAAUGGAGCCAUGGGAUAUCCAAGCAAGUUGCAAGCUAGGGUAUGAGGAACAGAAUGAGUGGUACUUCUUCAGCCACAAAGAUAAGAAGUACCCAACAGGAACGCGUACUAAUAGAGCAACAACUGCUGGGUUCUGGAAAGCAACAGGGAGGGAUAAGGCCGUGCUGUCCAAGAACCGAAUCAUAGGGAUGAGAAAGACUCUAGUUUUCUAUAAGGGACGAGCACCCAAUGGAAGGAAAACCGACUGGAUCAUGCAUGAAUACCGUCUCCAGACAUCUGAACAGGGACCCCCUCAGGAAGAAGGAUGGGUGGUGUGUAGGGCAUUCAAGAAGCCCAGUCCUAAUCACAGACAAGGUUUCGAAGCUUGGGCUCAUGCUUUAUAUGUCAGAGAAAGCAGCCAAGUUAGGCAACCUUCAUUUCCAGACCACUUGACAAGAACACAAGAUCAUCAUCAGGCCGUUCAUCCAAAUGAAUCUCCAACUUUUCAUCAUCAGCCCAUGAUAAAUUCUUCAGUACUACAGCAAGAUCAUGAUCAGCUUGCUUACAGCCAUACUCUUUUGGAGAACCAAGUACUCAAUAUUGAGCUGCCACAACUGAAUAGCCCCAGUACUCUAUCAGCAAGUUUUGCUGCAGCAAAUGAAGGUUUGUUGCAUAAGAAUACUGUUGCCAUUGAAGAUUUCGAUGAGGAAAGGAGCACAGCUAUCAGCAACCAAUAUAUUGAUUGGAGAAGUUUGGAUGACUUGCUCGCAUCACAGCUGAGUAGUACUGCAACAACAUCCUUAAACCAUCCAAACUUGCCUUCAAUAUCUCAGAUCAUUUAGCUAGCUAGAAGCUGAUAAAAAACAAAAUGCUAGCUAGCCAGCCAAUCUCCUUUUGCAACAUGGCUGCUUUCCCUGACUCAUAACAAAAGCUCAAAAUUAGUAGCUGCAAUCUUUAUCUGCAUGUAAGAUUAAUAUGAUGUAAUUCAUAAUAUAUAUAUAUAUAUUUAUUUAUAUAUAGUCCGUAUUUGUCUUCUAGAAUUAGGUUUGAGUAUUGUCAUUUUCAAUUAAAAGAGAGUGAUCCACCCUAAAACACAUAAAGUUUUAGGGUUCUAGCUAGGGUUUCCACCAUGCAUUUUGUAACUUCUUUAUGAUAUUUUAUAAUUGUAAAUGGUGCUUAAUUGCAUGCAUUUAUUGUACGCCAUUAGUUUUCUUACCCUAUAAGAUUGCAUCAAUUUGUAACAAAUUCCAUAUAUCACUGGACAUAAUUAAUACGCGCUUGAGACUUUUUCAUAUCC